UCCUCACCACUCUCAAUUAAUGAUCACCACCAUUAAUUUCUUCUGCUCUUCGUAAAUUCAAAAAUCGAUCAUCCCCAUUAAUUUCUUCUGCUCUUCGUAAAUGCACUGAACUUGUCGAUGCAUAGGUUCAGCUCAACCAUGCAAACUGUUGAACAGUUUAGCUUGAUUCAGAUGUUUGGUGUUCACGCGGGAGCACCGAUCUUGAUGCCCUGAUUCGUGGAGAGCGAGUGUGAGAGGAAAGACGGCAUCGGAAAAGAAGCAGGCGGCCGUCCGAUCUCAGUGAGGAGGUUGUGGCCGGAGGAAGGGGAGGAGGCGGCGGAGCAGAUAAAGAUGAGGGGAAGGGCAUUGCAACCCAGAGGGAUCGUGGCCGUCUGUGCGCUGUGCUUCUUGGUUGGUCUGCUGCUAAGCGGCAGGAUUUGGAGGUUGCCUGAAAGUAGAGAAGAAACAGGUCUGCCCACCACGCCUUAUAGAGGGCAGAAGAUCGAGGUAAUUAGCACCGAGACGGAAGGCAAUCAGAAACUGGGUGAAAGGGAAGCGAAUGAUAUAAUGGGAGAAGUGACAAAGACUCAUGAAGCAAUCAGGUCCCUGGACAAAGCAGUCUCUGCGCUGGAGAUGGAACUGGCUGUGGCCCGGACAGGUGAAACUGGCAGCACGUCUUCGUCGGCCGGCGGCUCCGCCGGUCGGCCUGGCCGAGUUCUUCAAAGGGCAUUUGUUGUGAUUGGCAUCAAUACGGCAUUUAGCAGCAAGAAACGACGGGACUCUGUUCGGGAGACCUGGAUGCCAACAGGGGCUAAGCUGAGACAACUGGAGAAGGAAAAGGGGAUAGUGGUCCGGUUUGUGAUCGGACACAGCGUGACGCCGGGAGGGGUUCUGGACCGAGCCGUGGACGCAGAGGACACGGAGCACAAGGACUUUUUAAGGCUGGAGCACGUAGAGGGAUACCACGAGCUGUCGGCGAAGACGAGGAUCUACUUCUCGACUGCCGCUGCGAUCUGGGACGCCGACUUCUAUGUCAAGGUUGACGACGACGUGCAUGUCAACCUUGGCAUGCUCGUGAGCACACUGGCACGUUACAGGUCAAAACCAAGAGUUUAUAUUGGCUGCAUGAAAUCCGGUCCAGUUCUCUCUCAAAAGGGCGUAAAAUAUCAUGAACCAGAGUUCUGGAAAUUUGGAGAAGAAGGGAACAAGUAUUUCAGGCACGCGACCGGGCAGAUCUAUGCCAUUUCUAAAGACUUGGCUGCCUACAUAUCCAUAAAUUCCCCCAUAUUGCAUAGGUAUGCUAACGAGGACGUGUCCUUGGGUGCUUGGCUUCUUGGCUUGGAAGUUGAGCACGUUGACGAGCGUACGAUGUGUUGCGGAAGUCCUCCAGACUGUGAAUGGAAGGCACAGGCAGGGAACGUGUGUGCUGCGUCGUUCGAUUGGUCGUGCAGCGGCCUCUGCAAGUCGGUGGAGCGAAUGAAGGACGUCCACAACACCUGUGGUGAAGGCGAUGGUGCCGUCUGGAGUGUCAUCCUCUGAGCUCAACCUCACCUCUCUCCUUGCUCUUUCUUUCUUUCUUCUUCCUUGUGCCGAUAUCUAUAUGCAAGGUUGAAAUCGUGUCUCUGGGGUCGAUCGGGUAAUUGUUGUACUCUUUUAACUGGGUAUUUGUAAUAAGACUGAAGCUCAUGAAGUAGCGAUUAUCACAGACGCUUCUCUUUGGGGAAUAAAAUGGAUCGAUUGCCUCGACCAGAGGUGCAU